AUGUUUCCAAGGAUGCUCAACUGGAAAUCUUUCGGAUGCUAUCCCCCGGUCCAGAAGAUGAAAUCAUUGACGGGAGACAACUGGAUGCAAGUUGCUGCGCACCCAGAGGCGACCGACCUGCAAUAUCUCGAGACGUUACGUAUUAGCAUACCGACAGAGAAAUGGUUCGGUUCCAGCUACGAUUGUCGUCAACUGUUGCAAAGAUGUCGAGCCCUGAAGAACUUGGAUAUACUACCGUUGGGACAAAGUAGUUUUGCUUGGGCAGUUCAGGAAAAGAGAGAUCACGAGGGCAGGAUCAUCGCCAACAAGGGACAGGGAGUGGUAGCAUGGGAAGAGGAUCCUCUACCUCACAGUCUGGUGCCUCUCAAGAACUUUACUAUUGAGGUACAACAAAAACCCCUCAUGGACGAGGUAGACGAUGUUGCCUUCGCCUUCAGUCAAACACCGGCCGCUAUCACGGUCACGACUACAGGAACCGAUACGAAGAUGCGCUGGAUCCAAUCCAAUUCAGACAAGGACGGGUGGAUCUUUCUAUGUGGACUCGACUCGAGAUUCAGGCCAACUUUGCACGUCUGGACCUCCACCCAGAGCUUCUGCCAUGCUGUCGGAAUGUGA